GUUUCAGUGAAAGGAGUUAAUUUGCGUGGUGUUGUUCGUUUCAAGGGGGAAUUACCGUCUUGUCUUGGCACUAUGUUUGGAGUUGAGCUGCCAUAUGCCCAAUGGCAGGGAACAUGUGAUGGGACAUUCGAAAACAAGCGGUACUUUGAAUGUACACUAGAUUCUGGGGUUUUUGUUAGUCUUGAUAAAUUGACACCUCGAGGAGAUACAGUUUUGCCAUCAAUUCUGAAAGGAAAUGUCAAAGAAAAGUCACCUCAACAAAGAAUUGAGAAUUUAUUUGAAAUGAAUCAAAGAGUUGUGGCAUUCAUUGAGGAUCAUCCAGCCAGAGGGACUGUGCGGUAUAUUGGUGAGGAGGAGGAUGAAAGUGGAAAUAUACAAACAAUUGUCGGAUUGGAACUGGAUGAAAGGAUUGGGAGUGGCAAUGGAAAACGGAAUGGACGGCAAUUGUUUGUUUGUAGCACAGGAUUUGCACGCUUUGUUGAUUUAGAAAGCGUCAUACCAGAGGGCCACUUUGAUGAGAACCCUAAAGAGACUACAGGAAAGAAAACGCUGGACAAAGAGGAUGCUAUUCAGGAACAAAUUCGACGAGAUGAAGCUUUAGCGAGAUCGAUGAGUUAUGAUUACAGAACACCAUGGUACAGAGAAAAAGAGCUAGGAGAAGACUCGCAAAAAAAACUGAGGGAAAUGGAACAGCAUUUGAAAAAUGUGCGGAAGGAAAAACAGCAACAAGAAGAGAACUCACAAAGAGAAUUGAGGGAGAUGGAACAGCUGGUGGCGAAAAUGGAACAACAACUGAGAGAACAAGAAAGACUAUCGGGCGAAAGGGAAAAGCAAUUGACAAUUUUCCAAGAAACAUUGCGAGUAAAAGAGUUGCAAGAGAAGAUCUUGCAUGAGCUGCUGAAAGAGAUCGACGAACAAGAAGAGAACUCACAAACACAAUUAAGAGAGAUACAACAACAGCUGAUAGAGAAAGAUAAACAAGAAGAGAAUUUACUGAGGCAACUAAGAGAGAUGGAACAACAGCUGAGCGAACAAGAAGAGAAUUUACAAAGACAAUUAAGUGAGAUACGACAACAGCUGAGAGAGAAAGAAGAAGAAGAAGAGAACUUACAAAGACAAGUAAGGGAGAUAGAACAACAGCUGAGAGAGAAAGACCAACAAGAAGAACAUUUACAAAGACAUCUAAGAGAGAUGGAACAACAGCUGAGAGAGAAAGACGAACAAGAAGAAAAUUUACAAAGACAUCUAAGACAGAUGGAACAACAGCUGAGAAGGAAAGACGAACAAGAAGAGAACUCACAAAGACAACUAACAGAGAUGGAACAACAGCUGAGAAGGAAAGACGAACAGGAAGAGAAUUUAGAAAGACAGAAAGACGAACAAGAAGAGAACUCACAAAGACAACUAACAGAGAUGGAACAACAGCUGAGAAGGAAAGACGAACAGGAAGAGAAUUUAGAAAGACAACUAAGGGAGAUAGAACAACAGUUGGCAAACUCACAAGGGCAAUUUCUAGAGGACGAAAGUGCUAACUUACACCAACAAGUCACUGCCCUAGAACGACAGCUGAGGGUAAAAGACCAGCAAGUGAAUGAAUUGGAGAUAACUCUUUCAACAGCUCAGCAAGCAUUGAGUGAACAUCAACGCCGACAGGUCACACCUGACUGGGUCAUUUCCCGUGAUCAAAUU